GUUACACCCACCAGACAACAGUAGGGCAGGAAGGCGCGGUUUUCCUCAGUUUGCCCUGAUUCCUGAUUUGCACAGCACCAGGGUCCACAGUACGGCGUGCAGUUCGGACUCCAUCGUCUGACCAUGAAGGUCUGGUGGCUCCUGCUUGCCAUGGGAGUUUGUGUGGGACGCGUGAACUCCCAGGACACAUGCCAGCAAGGGCACCCUGGCAUCCCUGGGAGUCCCGGUCACAAUGGUCUGCCCGGAAGAGAUGGACGGGAUGGAGCAAAGGGUGACAAAGGCGACACAGGAGAACCAGGACAUCCUGGGGAACCAGGGAAGGAUGGAAUGAGUGGAGAAAAAGGAGAACGAGGAGCAGAUGGAAAAGUCGAAGCGAAAGGCGCCAAAGGUGAUCCAGGCUCCCGAGGAUCCCCAGGGAAGCAUGGGCCAAAGGGAUCUACUGGUGCCACGGGAGAGCAAGGGCUCAGAGGAGAACCUGGCCCUCAAGGGCACAAGGGGAGCAAGGGGGACAUGGGUCCCCGUGGUCCAGAAGGUCAAACAGGCCAUGCUGGACCUCUGGGCCCCAGCGGCUUACCUGGCCCUAUUGGCCCCAUUGGCAAGCCAGGUCCCAAGGGAGAAGCUGGACCCAUGGGGCCCCAGGGUGAGCCAGGAGCCCGAGGAAUACGAGGCUGGAAAGGGGAUCGAGGAGAAAAAGGGAAAAUUGGUGAGACUCCUGCCUUGCCAAAAAGUGCUUUCACAGUGGGGCUCACGGUGCUGAGCAAGUUCCCCCCACCGGAUGCGCCCAUUCGAUUUGAUAAGAUCCUGUACAACGAAUUCAACCAUUACAACAUAACCACAGGGAAAUUCACUUGCCACAUUGCCGGGGUCUAUUACUUCACCUACCACGUCACUGUUUUCUCCAGGAACGUGCAGGUAUCUUUGGUCAAAAAUGGGGUGAAAAUCCUGCACACCAAGGAUGGUUACAUGAGUUCUGAGGACCAGGCCUCCGGGGGUAUUGUCCUGGAGCUGAAGCUUGGGGAUGAGGUGUGGAUGCAGGUGACGGGAGGGGAGAGGUUCAAUGGCUUGUUUGCGGAUCAGGAUGAUGACACCACGUUCACAGGCUUCCUCUUGUUCAGCAGCUCCUGAUGGAGGCUUUACACAUCUGCCUUGCCAACUGGCAGAAUUAGCCUGGGGAAGAAGAAAUUUGGUGGUUUUUUUUUUUAUAGUGAUGCUGGGGUUUGAA